AUGGACGAUGGCUCGACGGAGUUCGUGGGGGCCCCAAUCCUCGUGAGAAAGGCGGAGACCAUUGCCCGAAGGGAGCAAAGCAUCCGCAUAGUAGCAGUGAAGGGAGUUGCGUUGAAGGAGGCCAUAGACCUCGGCUUUGCUGCAUAUGUCAUCUGCCUCGCCGGCGAGAAGAGAAAGGAGGAGAGCAGUGCAGGAGGAGAUCAGAUCACGAGACGAGAUGGCGGCGUCCUCCUCCUCACCGGCGGCGGCGGCGGUUGGGCGAGCGGUCGAGGAGGAACCUUGGUUGAUCGGCAUGAUAAGUUUCCAUGCCAUUCUGCUACUGUUUCUGGUGUAUUCCUUGCCGAGAAACUAAACACGUUCCUAGGACAAAACUGGAAGAGCUUCUCAAGCCAGAAUUACUUUGAUCCCCAAGGCCUCUUCAUCUCGGUCAUGUGGUCUGGCCCCCUGCUUCUGAUUACGAUACUUAUUCUGGUGAACACCCUUGUGACACUCUGCAUGCUGAUGGUAAGGUGGAAAAGGGCCGAGCUCAAGCACCGCGCUCGUGAGGCCCGCAGCAAGCAGGAGUGA